AUUUGUUUUAAAAUGCUAGUGGAGGUAGACAAUGGGCCAAGGCCGCUGGCUUUGUUCCUCAAGGUCUUAUGUGAGUCGCUGGUUUUUGUGCGUCUGUCUUGUUUGCCUUUGUCUUUCUUGCGGCCCGUGGUGUCCGCUUGUGGAUUGCGAAGACAAUGAUGGUCACUGGUUCACGUGGUGUCAUCCGGGUUUUGACAAAUACCGGAACGGAUAUUCCUAAAGCCCUGAUCACCUCUGUCAGUCGUCCCAGGCGCAGACGUAGGGGCCGUGCGACCUCAACUGACGGCUUGCAGUCAAGUGUGGAUCCACGCGAUGGUUUCAUUACUGCACCUACCCAUGCUAUUACCGAGGGGAAGCAUAUUGGUCCUUUUGCUUCCGUUUGUGGUGCAUUCCGAGUUUCUUCACCGGAUGAGUACGCUGCUAUAUCGUAUGCAUCAAGCAUUACGGAGGCUUUAGGUUGGCUCAUGCAACAGGAGGUCCUGGUUACUGCGUGCUCAAAACAUUCGCUUGCUACCGAUCCCACAAACGGUGACCAGCUCACUUCUCGUUUACGAGACGAAACCCUCGCAGCGCUGUGGUGCCUUCAUAGUGUUUUUUACUCCCUCUCUUCCGUUGUAUUUUGUAAGGCGGUUUGCCUGAUGGAUCUUUUCAUCACGAAGGUCAAGGUUAAACCCAAAUACGCCAUGUGCGUCGCUUCUGCUUGCUAUUAUGUCGCCUCCAAAUUUGAACGGGCUCAAGACGUGCUACUCCCCACAGUGGACAGUUUGGUGAUGCUGUCGCGAUGCGGAGGCACCUCUGCUGAUUUGACGCGCAUGGUGGAAAUACUUCUUUCGAAACUUACUCCUGCUACUGUCGCUAAGAUCGGAGCUUGUCAAGCCACUGCAGCCGAUUUCCUGGAAACCUUCAUCCAUCUUUAUGAAACCACUCUGUCUGCCCAUGCUUCGACCGAAAUUGCCCCCCAACCAAACAAACCCUGGAGUCUUUCAACCUUUAUCUCUAGACAGCUGGAAUUGGCCUUGGUGCACUCAGAAACGACUCGUUUUCGCCCAUCAUGCAUUUCCUUGGCCUUGCUCAGUUUGUACUGCUCCCCCUCCAUGUUCGUGGAUGGUGCUUCGGAGGUCGGCGCCGACGGAACUCCUCAAUUUAGGCUGUGUGAUCUGUUCACCUUGGCUCAUGUGUGCAGACUCGCCUGGAGUGAUGUUGAAGCCUGCAAAGCCGUCUUACUCGAAGCGCUCGGGUCCACAAACACUCUGCACAGCGUAGCCGGUCAUUCUGCGAACCUUCUGAGCCAUUCUCCUCCUUUGGUUUGGACUCUGUCGAGACGCACGCAACGUAGUAUAUCCACCUCAUCUCCACCUGGCUUACCUACAAUCGAUGAGGUGGAUGAGAAGUUGUCUCAUGCAGAGCUUGACAUGGCUCGCCUAACUAUCGCACCUGCAGCCCAUCCUUUGUACGGACAGCGCCCCGGCUAUGAGAAAAGCACUUCGAAUGGCCGGUGAUUUCUUGCCUCAGUUUACCGCCACGUGAACACUGGUUUUUCGUUUAUUUUCCUUUCUUUUUAUGUGCUUUUUGACGUUGGAUUUCCAUUCGUUUCACUCUCCAUCGUGUACAAAACAUGGCUUUAACUAUAGUCCUGAUUCCUCCUCAAUUUUUGCUCCUCGUAUCUGCUCAUUUGGAACAGGAACGUGUCUAGGUACUUCCUCUUCUUCCAACCACUUUCUCUCCGCACGCUCUUAUUGUGCUCCUGGAGCAGCAGCUCAGCACUGUUUAGCAAUAAUCUUUGACUGACUGAUCAGUCUUUUUCUUAUGACAAUCUUUUGCACACGCACACACACGUAGGAAGAGCCGCUCGUCUGUCCUCGCUUAUAGUCGGCCUUCAACCAACCUAGCUCAGCCGCCUCAUGUAUCGUGCAAUAAAAUUGUUACACCUUGUCGUUUUUCUAUCGACUCAUCGGUUGCCGGAUUGGUCACUGGGUUCUUCUGUCGUGGAGAGCUGGAUCAUUUCUGAACUACAUUCACUCGUUACCACCUGUACACUCGUUAAUUUUUCCUUAAGAAUAUGCCAACAUUAUCACGAUUUUCUAUGCCUUGACUUCAAGGGAAGUAACCACACUUUGAGGGAUGAUAUUUUUCAGUUGCAUUUACUGAACUGCGGCUUACUUGCUGCAUCCUGGAAACAAGGCAUCUCACAAAAGAUUCGUGUUCCUGUUGACUCGACAAUAUUGGUUCACUGUUUUCUGGGCAAGCGGACCACUAUUCGGGUCAGUGUGGAAGCUAAAGUACUGUUUCCAUAUAUUACCAUCGAUCGGACUCUGUUGUUUCACGUCUAUAACGUAGACAUCGAAAAUCCCUCUUGGUCGAUCGUGCUGCUGAAUUUCAUUCGUUAGCAUUGACCUUGGAUUCCAGUAACUAUCAGGCAAUUAUCUGCGAACCAGUAUCCAUAUGGCUGGUUUCAACUCUUGCUGGCUACCAAGUGGCUUUUUUCGACUCAACAUGCCCUCGAUUAUAUGGAGCUCAAAGAAUUGUUGUCUUCUCCAGCUGAAAGUACCCAACCCUACUUCACUGAAUCAUAUUGUAUUAGUAUGUGUCCCGGAAUCUUUUUUCAUACUUCCCUAUUAAUACGUGCUCGCACCAUUGAUGUCUGGAAGGCUGCUUGUGUCCUUUACAUGCGAGACUGGAUGACAGCGUAGCUCUCAUACGCUUCACAUCAGCUACGGAAAACAAAUUCCACGGCACACUAUCGUCUAUGUUUUUUCUCUCUUGUCAAUCCCUGUGCAUGUUAGCGAAAUCCCGCUGCGAAAACUAGCUUUUUUGACCUAUGGGAAUUUAUAAACUGCACAAGCAAAACUUGCCUGCACUUGUUCGAAUCACUGUUCCAACUACUCCGACACAUGUGAUACCCU